CAUGGUUGUAUACCAAUGUGAAUACCCGACCAAAUCGCUCGUGAGUCGACCCAGCCAUUCGUGACCACAUUACACUGUAUCUGUUAAGCAGUCGACGCAACAGCAACAUGGCUACGAAAGAUAGCAGACAUACUACCUUUCUACGGACGUCUAUUAAAUUCUGUUUGGCUCUGGUGAUAGUUUUCCUAAUCUUUCAGGUGGGAUUUUACUUUUUAGUUGAAAGUAAACAAUUACGGACUAUAUAUGCUAACGUUGAAAUUAUACGCAAUUACAGCGGGAGGAUAGCUAAUAAACUACAGAAAAAUUUGGGGCCAGCAAAUGCGACAGCGAUGAAUAUGGUGGUGAUUGAGAAAACAAAACGGACAGACAUCUUACAAGAUUGUCCACCAAUCCCAACCAAACUUGUGGGUCCGCUGGCUACGUACAGGCAUGCACCUUCUAUAGCGGAAAUGGAGAUGGAAUUUAAAUAUCUAGAGACGGGAGGAUACUUCUCUCCUACAGAAUGCCGAAGUGAUCAGCGAGUUGCUAUUGUGAUACCCUACCGUAAUCGGGAGUUACAUCUACGUACGCUCCUCUACAACCUACACGCGAUGCUACAAAGACAGCAAAUAAACUACAGAAUAUUCGUAAUCGAACAGGCCGGGAACAACACUUUUAACAGGGGUCUUUUGAUGAAUAUCGGAUACACUGAGGCGAUAAAAUCUGAUAAUUACACGUGUUUUGUGUUCCAUGACGUGGACCUCAUCCCCGAGGAUGACCGCAUCUACUACGGGUGUGGUAAAAACCCACGCCAUCUAUCGGCAGCUAUCGACAAGUUCAACUAUAGACUUCCGUAUGGGAGCAUUGUUGGUGGAGUCACUCAGCUGCGAAAGGAUGACGUCGAAAAGAUAAAUGGUUUUUCGAACAUGUAUUUUGGUUGGGGAGGAGAAGAUGACGAUUUGGGUGUCAGGCUGAAGAAUGCCCAGCUGAAGAUCGAAAGAUACAGUAUGGUGAUAUCACGAUACAAAAUGUUAAAACAUGUAAAAGAUCAAGGCAAUGCACCAAACCCUAACAGGAUAAAGUUGUUAAAGACAGCUGCUAGUCGUAUGAAAACAGAUGGAGUGAACAAUUUAAAAUACAAAGUGUUAAACACAUAUAGAGGAAAACUGUUUACGAACGUCACGGUCGCAGUGACUGGAGCCGAUUACGCUAUAUAGAUGUUACACAACGAGUGGUUGUUGAAUAUGGUAUAUAUUUCACUCGAGUUACUUAAUUUUCAAAAGUUACAAAAGACAG